AUGCCGCCGGGCGAGGGCGGAACCGCGCUGGAGUACGGUCACCAGUCUGUUUCACAGUCACAGACGACAGAUGCCCCGGGGCGGCUCAAAAAGCGGGACUGCGAGCGAUGCGAGCGCCCCAAGUCGGUCUGUCUGUGCUCCUGCCUGCCUGACGAGCCGCUGGAGCUGGCUGGCAAGGUCAUCGUGCUGCAGCACCCAUUUGAGCAAAAGAAGCGGCUGGCCACGGUGCCGGUGCUGCAAAAGUGUGUGGCGGGGGUAGAGGUGCUGCGCUCGCGGAGCUACCGGCCCGCCCACCCGCCGCACGAGCCGCUGCGCGCGGCGCUGCAGGGCGCGGCGGAGGGGCGGUACCCUCUGCUGGUGCUGUUCCCCGGCGCGGGCGCGCGCGAUGUGCGGGACGUGGGGGCCGAGCUCCGCGGCGACGGCGCUGCUGGUGCCAGUGGCGCGCCGCAGCCUGCAUCGGCGCACCAGGCAGCGCAGAAGGAUGCGCCGCGGCAGCGGCAGCAGCAGCAGCAGGGCACCCAGGAGCAGCAGCAGGAGGAGGGCCAGGAGCGGGAGCAGGAGCAGGGCACGCAGCCGCUGCAGCAGCAGCAGCAGGGCAGGCGGCAGCAGCAGCAGGAGCUGGGGGGCCAGCCUGCACCAAAGCAGGCGUUCCUUGCGGGCGACAAGGACCCCUUGUAUGUGAUGCUGGUUAUCGACGGCACCUGGAAGCAGGCCAAGGAGAUGUUCAAGGCGGUACUGCCGUUAGUACUGCAGCCAGGCGGGCCCGGGGUGCGGGUGCAGCUGCCGGCGCCCUCCCGCGACCCCCAGCACCAGCGCCAGCGGCAGCAGCCCGAGGCGAGCGGCGCGGCAGCAGCAGAGGACGCGGCGAGCGCCGAGGCGAGCGUCGAUGCAGGGGCGGCGGCGGCGGCGGCAGGCAGCGCGGCGUCCAGCGGGGCGGCGGGCCUGCCGCCCGAGGCAGCGGCGGACGGGCCGCUGCUGAUCCGCGUGGAACCCAUGGAGGGGUGCCUGACCACCUGCGAGGCGGCAGCCCGCGCGCUGGGCUGCCUGGAGCCGCGCGGCGGCGCGGUGCGGGAGGCCAUCCUGCGGCCGCUGGCGCAGCUGGCCCGCUACCAGGCAAGGGGCGGCGGUGGCGCGCAGUGGGACCCCUCGAUGGCGGCGCGCCUGGCGGCGGCCAGCGCGGGCUACACCCGAUCGCGCAACCGCAUGGGCAUGGGGCGGCAGGGCAUCCUAGAGGCGAUCCCCUGA